ACAAAACACGAGGAAUUCCACUAUUUCGAAGUUGAAAAUUUUUGACAGAACUGACAACCGUAUCAGUUUUGUAAAAUGGGGACUAUUGAUAGAUAAAGAAAGACCUGUAAGGGCAAUGGAUCCUUCUUGGUCUAACGGUGUUUAUGCUGGAGAUGUUCCAACAGAUUUUGAUGAGGUCCGGAAAAGAGAAGAUCGGCGAGAAAGGAUAAGCCAGUAUUGGGAUUUGUUAGUGGUGGACCAAGAACCAAGAGUUACUAAGGGAACAUUACUCCAUUUAAUGCAAGAUCUAAAAGAUGAAGGGAACAUAUUGUUUAAAGAAGGCCACUUUGAUAUUGCCUGGAUGCACUAUAGAAAUGCAUUGUUUAUAGCUCGUAUACUUAGCACCCGAUUUUACCAUGAAGUUGACAAGGAAUUUCUAUCUACUCUUUUCUCAAAUAGAGCCUUCUGCUGUCUUAAAAAGGAUAUGUACACAGAAGCUAUACAGGAUUGUGAAUCAGCCAUUCGUAUAAACGAAAACAACAUUAAAGCAUACUACAGACAAGUGUUAGGAUUAAAGGCACAGAAAAAACAUGCAGAAGCUCUUAAAGUAGCAGAGAUGGGUUAUCUUAAACAGCCUAGUGUUUUCAAAGAAACAGUUGAAGAGUUAAGAGAAAUUGUUGAACAGCAUGCAAAAACAUAUAAAACACAAGUUUCCAUAGAAAAGAGUUCUAUUAUAACAGAGAGAGACGAACCUGAUCCUGAAUGGUUGACAGGAACCAAUGUAAAGGUCGGGAAGAAAGAAGCAUCAAAGAAUAAAAGUAAUAAACAAGAGAAAGUAAAUAAUAAUCUGAAUGCAACACCAGCCAGAAAUGUGUUGACUCCAAUAUCUAUGAAUGGAGACACAUCAACAGAGUCUGAUAGUGAAUACAGUGAUGAUAGACUCAGUGAAGAUGAAACUUUUGCCAGUACUUUCAUUAAUGUCAAAAAUCCUAAAUUACCACUGACAAGGAAAAUUUCUGCAGCAAGUUCCAAGUUUGAUGUUCAAAAGACUAAGCAGUCAACUUCUGUCAGUGAUUUGGACAGUUUUUCUUCACCAGGGAAAAUUUCUUCAACAACAGCUGUGUCAAAAGCUACACCACAACAGUCAGAAAGCCAAAAGUCUACUAGAACUUCAGAGAAGAAAGGAGAAAAGACAGUAACAUUAACUAUAGAUGAUAUCACAGAGGUCAAAUUUCCUCUACCAUUGUAUGACUUUAAACUAGCAUGCCAAAUAUGUUUUAAAAAGACUGGAGAUGGUAUACAGGGAACUCGUUAUGUAGAAACACAGCACACAUGUACACAUGACAUACUUGUUGUCAAACUAAGACAGAAAAAUUCAGUAAACUGGUUGAAAGUACGACCAAGGAUAGAGCCAAAGUUUCAACAGUAUGGUGGAUACAAGUUAUGUACACACUUUCAAGGAGGGAGGCCGUGUAAAGUUAAAGAAGAGUUGUGCACCUUUGCCCAUAACAAAGCUGAAAUGGAGUUAUGGACCUUAGAUAAGCAGGGAGAUAUACAAAUUACAGAAUAUAUCAACAAAUUAAAGUCAAUGGGAAUCAUGUCCAGUGAUCAGUUGAAUUCCAUAGAAAGCAAACUUAAGCAGCUUCAGAAACAGGAGAUACCUGGUAUGAGUUAUAAAAACAAGAAACCAGUAGAAAUAAAACAGACUGUUCCUGAUACUCCACUUGUUGUACAAAAAGAACAAGUAAAGGAGACCAGUAGAUCUAGAACAGAAACACCACCAGAACCUGUUAGGGCACCAAGAUUUGAGACAAAGGAAACGACUAGAGCUCAACCUGUCAGUGAAACACUGCCAUUGCAGCCACCACUGCAGAGAAGGCCACCAUUGUUACAGAAUCCUCCCAGACCACCAAUGUCUACUAACCAACAGUCCGCCAUGUAUACUGGUCAGCCAUUACUGUCAGGACCUAUUAUCAACACCACAGGGCCACCUUCUAUGUACCACCACCCUAUGCCAAACUUGUCACAACCUCCACCACCAUUGAUGCAACCAAUGAUGCCCAUGUCACACCCAUCAAGAUAUGCAUUCCCACCACCUCCUCUUAACAGACCUCCAAUGUUCAAUGGUCUUCCAAGACAGCAACAUGCACCGCCUGUAAGAAUGCCAACACCUAAUAUACAAUCUGAAGCACCAAAACUAGAUUAUAAUCCUGUAAUAAUUAAACAAGCAGAUGAUACGAAGCCUACUAAGAUUAUAUUUCCGUACAAGGAUACACAUGAAUUCAGACUUUUGUGUAAAAAUUGUUGUAUGCCUGGAGAUUUUGGCCAGAUAUUUUUACAUGACGUCACACAUAAGUGUGAGGAAGAUAUAUUUGUUGUCAGAUCCAGGAAUUCACACAUCUAUUUACAUGUACGUGAAAGAAAGAAUCAUAGAGACUUUCUUGGUAGAUAUAAGUUAUGUAAUAGUUAUGUAUACAGAAAUCCAUCUUAUUGCUUAUACGGUCCAGAAGUAUGUAGCUUUGCCCACUCUGAAAUAGAACAGAAUUUGUGGACAAUGGAAAAAGACGAACAAUUCAGUAUCACUGAAUUCAUCCUUCAAAAUCGAAGUCAAAGGUACACCAUGAUGGACAUUCUGAGAAAACAUGAUGGAAAUUUCAGUUUUAUUUGCCGUGCUUGCUUUAACCAUGUUCCUAUGUUGAUAAGUUUUAUGUCUGAGUCUAACAAUACUGUUUGUAGUGUAGAACUACAUCCAUGGCUAACAUCUAAAAUUUUGGCUCACUUUGGUAUUGAUGGAACCAUUACUAUGAUAAACAGCAGGGGAUUUCUACAUAAGACAGCUUUCUUCAAAUUAUGUAAAUGGUUGAAAUAUUGUAGAAACAGUCGAACUGGGGAUUGUAGAUUUGCACAUAGUUUUGUAGAAAGAGAUAUUUGGAUGUUGGAGAGAGAUUCUGGAUUAUCGCAGGAAGAAAUUGUCAAUGAGGUCAAUAAAGUCUUAUCUGGACAAGAACAGCAGCAACAGAAUAGAACACAACCUGUUUCGGAAGUUCCAUCUACACCAACACUGGCAUCUACGUUAAAGUCAACAGCUAAUCAGCCAAUACAGGCAAAAGAACAGAAAAGGUCAGAGAUGGAGUUUGAUGAAGAGUCCUGCCCAUGGGUUAUUUUGCAAAUCUGCUCCACAUGCUGGAAGAAAGGACAGAAAAGUAUUCAGGAUGGUGAUAAAGAUCGUUGUGCUAAGGGACAUUCUAAUUGGUCAGCUAAUAAAAUGGUAUUACUAGCUACCACAAAUAAAGAAGUAAGACCACUACCUAAGAAAAUCCCUGCAGGAUUUCGUUUCUUGUUAUGUAAAGGUGUCAAAGAAAGAAAUAAAUGUGCAUAUAAUGGAGCUGGACAUUGUACGUUUGCUCACAGUGAGGAAGAACUUAAAAUCUGGCAGUGGAUGUGUGCCCAUGAUGCUAAGACUCCAGAUGAUUUAUUUGAGUUAAGUAAAGAGGCCCAGGAGAAGAGAGCAUCAUCAGAGAAGAGUAGAAUUGCCAGUGGUGAAUCUGUAGUUAAUGUACAACAGAAUAAAGUUAUUUUACCCACGCAUAUUAAAGCUAGUACACAUUACUGUCCAUACUGUGGUGUACAGUGUAACAGUCAGAAACAAUGGGAUGAACACUGUGCCUCUGACAAACAUAACUUUAAUGUUAACUCCGAUAAGGAGCACCAGUGGAAUUAUAGACAACCUCCAUGGGGACUUGCUGCUAUUAAUUAUACACUAUGUCCACAACAUGAUAACGGCAACAAAUGUCAAUACUCUAAUGUACCUGACAUGUAUAACUUGUGUCAGUCAGCCCAUAGCCAGGAGGAAUUAGACGAGUGGAGGGAACGGUAUGAAUGGAGACAAAUGAAGCGUGACAUGGCCAGACAAGAACAGGUGUUCUCUUUUAUGGAUCAGCUAGUAGAACAGUAUGAAAGUGAAGAUUCCAGUGUUAAAGUGAUAACAGAGACCCUCUCAGGAGUUAAUGUAAUUUGUGCAGAAAGUUUAAGUAUUUAUGAAGAAGAAAAAAAUGCUAAUUUUACUUGGACCUUUAUUGUAAAAUCUAGGAUGCCAUUAGAAAGAGUAGCACUAUUAUAUAACCGAGACCGUCUUCAUUUUAACAUACAAGGAAGUAAUUUAGACAGAGGUUGUCAGAUUGCACCAGGAACCUCGUUUGAAGAUGUGGACAAUUCUGGUAACCCAUGUUUUAUUGUGACUGUUAACUUUAAUGGAACAAUGUUUGGAUCAUUCAGUCAAUGGGUUGUUUUUGAUUUUGGCACCCAGCCAGUUUUAGUACGCAAAUUAGCUGUAGAAGUUGGAGCUAAGUCUAUACAUGAGAAAGUUAAAUCAUUGCGACAGAAACUUCAAUUUGAUAGAUGGACAAGUGAAAACAGAGAAAUCGUUAGAUUUGAAACUAAGUUUGUAGAUGAACUUGGAGAAAAGUUAAAACGUCAAUAUAAAGCUCCAUUAUCCUCAGAGAAUGUUAUUACACAGCACACAGUGGCUACAGAACUUAAUCGUAAUAAUUAUCAUCAUAAGAUGCAUAAACUUCUAGAGUUAGAAGAGAUUACCAGACAUCAAAUUAUUUCUAGUUAUAACCUGUGCACCCAGAUAGAAUUACAGAAUGCUAUACAAGGAACAACUUAUUUGUAUGCUCAAAGUGGUGAACUGUUUGCUAAGGUUCCGUUGAUAGACUAUCUCACAGAGGACACAGAUGCUGGCAAACUGAUUCUGACAAGUGUAAGAACUGUACUAUUAGCUCCUAGUGACCAGCAUGAUAAUAUUGUAUACGAAGCUGUUCUUAUCGGGAAAGAGAAUUACGAUUUAGAUGGUCGUGGAAAGGAACAUAUUUAUAUUGCUUUAUCACCUCCAUGUGUAACGGCUAUGAAUAAAUUAGGAUAUAAGACUGGAUCGGAAGUUGAAGUAGAGAUCCAGUUCCAGAUGGAUAGAGGAUUGUUCUGUAUGAUGCAUCAUGCUAUUGACUGUCUUAAUUCUUCUGACAUUGUAUUCCCUGAUAUCUCUAGAAUUAAUCCACAGUGGAAUGAGAAACAGGUCAUCAAAGUUAGCUCCAAUAUUCUGAAUGGAGACCAGGUACAAGCUGUACAGCAUAUUGUUGCAGAGAGAACAGGCUAUACUCCACCAUUUGUUAUCUAUGGUGCCUUCGGUACUGGUAAAACUGAAACUAUUGGACAGGCAGCAAUGGUCCUGCUGAAGGAAAGACCUAAUUCUAAAAUACUGAUCUGUGCCCAAUCUAACAGUGCUGCAGACUUAUACAUAACUAAACACUUGGACCCAUAUUUACAGAAAACUAAACAAACACAGCUUUUACGUCGUGUAUACUUCACUGAACGACGAGUUAACACUGUAACACCUACGGUUCAGAAAUAUUGCCUCAUUUCUAAGGAUAAAACAAUGUUUGUUAUUCCAUCAAAAGAAGAUAUUCAGAAGCGUAGAAUUGUAAUCGUAACAUUGGCAACAUCUUUAGCAUUGACCAAUCUUGGAAUUAAAGAUUAUUUUUCACAUAUAUUUGUGGAUGAAGCAGCACAGGCAUUAGAGGCAGAGACUGUCAUGCCAUUAACGCUAGCAUCGGAAACAACAUGUAUUAUUUUAGCUGGAGAUCAUCAACAAAUAAGUCCAAAGGUAUACAGUCCAGAAGCUAUGCAGCAGAAAUUUAAUAUGUCCCUGUUAGAGCGACUUCAUCUUUACUAUGACUCUUACUCAAAUAGAAUGGACAAGUCAAAUUCUUUAAAUCUAUUGCUUAGUAUAAACUAUCGUACAAAAAUGGAAAUUCUGCGUUUCAUAUCGUCAGUAUUCUAUGGAGGACCAGAUCGUCUUAUAUCACAGUCUAACCUUCAAUCUGUGUUGGAGAUUACACCUCUGAUGUUUUACGGGGUCCAGGGUGUAGAAAUACAGGACAUGGAUAGUGUUUCAUUCUAUAAUACGUCUGAAGUACAAGAAGUUGUAGAGAGGGUGAAGGAAUUGUAUGAUACAUGGCCAUCACAGUGGGGACCAAGACAAGCAAAGAAAAUUGGAGUUGUUACACCUUAUUAUGAUCAGGUUCAAUUGAUACGUAAAUCAUUAAGGAAAAGACAUCCUGACCUAGGAACAGUCACUGUAGAAAGAGUUAAUAAUGUUCAAGGUAAAGAGUUCCGUGCCUUAUUUAUAUCAACAGUAAGAACACGAAGUUUGAUUGACACUGUGCAGACUAAUGGAUCAGAAGUAGAUAUUGGUGAUUUCGGCUUUUUGUCUGAUCCCAAGUUGUUAAACACAGCUUUGACUAGAGCUCAGUCAUUUGUAGCUGUUAUAGGAGAUCCUGUUGCUCUGUGUGCUAUAGGUGAAUGUACCAAUGUAUGGAGAACUUAUCUACAACACUGUAAAAACAUGAAAAGUAUACGACCUUCAUCAAUGACCUUGGAAUCUAUUAAACAGCAGGUCUCUAAUAUGAUGAAUUCAGCAUCAGCUAAAGAUAAAAUGACAAAGAUAACAGAGAGUCGUAAGCCAGUUAACCAGCCUCAACCCCCUCCACUAUCAAGGCCAGAAAAACUUCCACCCUGGAAAAAGGCUGCUGGAGUGUCUAAUGGUAUGAAUGGUGAUGUGAAUCACACUUCAUCAGAUAAUAAUGUCUAUAAUUAUAGUAUAUCACCAGAGGGUGCUCUCAAGCAAUUAGCAGGAAUGGAUACCUCUUUAAUCGGAAAUGACAUCAUUAUUGAGUUGAUUGACAAUUUAGCUGUUAUUUGUAAUGGAAAAAGCAAGCUUACUAAUACUAGUACUCCAUCUGCUGAAUAUCUUAAUUCAUUGGUGGCAUCAAACCCAUUUAAGUAUCGACAGUGCGUUUUGAAAUGCUUUGAUAAUAAACUUUAUGGACAUACUAUAGAUGUAAAAUUACCAAACGUAAAUCUGAUUACUCAAAGUAAAUGUCAUGGUGCAUUACCAGGUGACACUGUUGUCAUGGAGAUGUCAGAUGAUGGAGAACAUGGAUCAGUUAUGGGCGUACUUCAACAAGGAUUGGACUGGUCAGAAAAGGCUUUUGUUUGUCGAGUAGACCCAGAGAAUACGGGAUUAUUAAUACCGGUAGACCAGGGUAUCUGUAAGAUGUAUAAUGUUGUAACAUUGCCUCACGUAAAACGAGUUAAUAAAGGCCAUGUGUGUGUAUAUUCUCUAAGUAAGAAUGGAAAAAUCAAUUUUAAUAAUUAUGAGAAAGUAUCUAUACUUGAUCCUGGAGAGAAAUUAUUUAUCGUUAAAUUCCUGAAGUGGGAUAUUGAUUUGGAUGUUGCCUUAGGUAUCGUUGUUGGUGUGUGUCCAAUUCACACCAUGAAUUCCGUGUUAGAUGUAUUAAACAUUGAUUAUAGCAUUCCAUCAUCGAUAGAAAAUAGUGAGAUUGAUCAACUCUAUCCUACAGAUUACACUCUGCCCUCAGAUGUUUCCUCGACUCAUAUAGAUAUGACAGAAAAGUGGACAUUCUCAAUAUCCUCACCAGCAGAGGCUAUCGUCAACGCCUUUAACAUUGAAGAGACUGGUGAUGGAAAUUAUGUCAUUGGAAUUCAUACGUCUGAUGUUUCAAACUACAUCACCAAAGACAGUCCCAUAGAUUUAGUUGCUAAGCAGCAUAAGAUAUCGCACAUAGAACCUGGUAAAUCGCCAGUACCAAUUAUACCAUCUAAAUUAUUGGAAAAUGUAUGCAGUUUUAGGACAGGAGUUGACUGUCUUGCUCUUUCUAUCUUCUUAACAGUGAAGAAAACAGGGGACAUAAUUGGAGUAGAUACAAAAACAUCAAUUGUUAAUUCAAAACAGAGCUUCAGCUUUCAAGAAGUAGAGGAAAUUUUAAGUGAACCAGCUUCAUCUAGUGAUUAUCUGAAAAGUUGUGUUCUAGUACUAUACUACAUAUGUGGUAUGUGGCGUCAGAAAAGGCUUGGUAAUGCUGGAUUAUAUUUCAACUUAGACAUUCAGGAGAAGACAACUCCAGAAGCUUGUGUACUGGUACAAGAAUUAUUAAUAACAGUGAACUAUCAUGUUGCUCAGUACCUUCUAAAUAAGCUACCAGAUGUAAUUCCCCUCAUUUGUCAGCUCCCUCCUAGGGAAUCUGUAUUACAACUUUGGAAGAAGCAGUAUGCUGCCGAUGCUUUAAAUAGUAUAGCAUUAACACAGCCCUUUUUGGAAAUCGGUAAUGUUUGCAAAUGUAGAGUAGCGUGUACAUGCAUUGUCAGUUUUCUGAGACAGAAUAGCAUAAGAAUUAAUGACUCUUUCAAUAUGUACCAAGAUUUGUUUGGGGCUAUUUGUGAAGCUGCAGAUUCGAACGCCAUCCACACAAUCCAGAAAAUAGUUGUAUCUGUCGAGUCUCAUCCUCAGCUUGCUGUUGCCUUCAAGAAACUGAAAGGAUUACUUGAUACUUUUAAUUAUAAGUGUUCUGGUACUGUCAGUUCAUCAGAGCGUUGUAUCUACUCUUUAAACGUAGUAAAUUUCGUUCACAUGACAAGUCCCGCUGAUAAUUACAUGGAUAUUGUAGUACAUCGAUUAAUAAAGUCUCUUAUAUAUCAACAAUCAACACCGUACAAAGUUGAUGAAAUACGUAUUCUCUGUGAGGUAGUGAAUAGUUCCUUGAUGAAUAACAGAAUGUACGAACAAUCUGUCAAUGAAGUGUAUCUAUGUACAGCACUUAAUUAUCGUCCCCUUGCCUUGUACCCAGUAGUAGAAUCAGUUAACGAAGCAGAAAUAAAGCUAUGUUUCCCAUUGGAAUGUGGUAUGUCUGAGAGUCGUCAUAAAUUAUCAUUAGAGCUUCUAAAAGCAGAAGAUAUUAUAACUGAAAAACAAGAUGUUGUAAACAUAACACUGCAUGGUCGUAUCUAUGACAGCGCUGGUAAAAUAGCAACCAUGAGUGGUAUUUCUGUAAUAACUCUGAAUCCUGAACAGUUUGUUUGUAAAGUGCCAUCAUUUCAUUGGCAGAAGCUUAUCAUAGCUGUAAGAGAAGAAAAUGCUGAGAAGCUUCAGACAGCUGCUGCUGCUUUAAAGUCUUCUGCCAUUAAUAACAGUAAAAGUGUGUAUGCUACAGAAGUGUCAUCAGAACAUCUUGUAGCAGAUAAUAAGGCAAGACAGGCAGUGUCUUUUGAGAGGAAAUUUGCCGUUGGUAAUGUUCUCCAAGUACAGAUUACUAGUAGUAAGUCGCUGGGAAUUCCUGCUCCUAUUAUUCAACUUGUCAACCUAACACCAUUAUUGGAUAUAUGCUUAGAACAUCGAUCUGAUCCAGUAUUGUGCUUCUCUGUAUCUAAAGACAUUGAACUGAUUUCUAAAUAUAGUGAUGAAGAAAGUUAUAAGAAGGCGUGGCUAUCUGUUCUAAAUUUAGAAGCUUCAGAAAGAGCUGUAACUACAGGAGAAUCAGUGAUUAUUCAUAAUGUUAUGAUGAACUGGCAGGAGAAUGCUGAUUUUUUCUUGGCCUCAUUUUCACUUCCAUUGGAAUUUUGCCGGCAAAGACAGUUAAGUUUUAGUUGCCAUGGUUACUUUUGUGUUAGAUAUAAGGGAUUAGAUAUACCUUUGGAUCCAACUAUUAAUGAGAAAACAGCAUUGCUUCUAAAUAAUGGAGUACCUAUAACAUGGGUUGGACAUUGUGUUUUAUUAAGAGUAGACCAGCAACUAGACACAAUAAGAGUUCAGAUGCAGUUAACACAAAAUUCUGUCAAAUUCCCCAUACAGUUGCUGACACAUGCGGCUAAGGCAUUACCUUGUACAGUAGAAUGGAUACCUAAAUGUAACCCUGAUAUGUUUAUCGAAGAAGCUCUUUUACUGUUAACAGAAAGUUCACAAUUGGCACGAGACAUUGCUAAACAUAGAACUCCAGUUCCUCUAGAUGGCAGUAAAGUACCAGUAGUUACCACUAAUAUAUCAACUCUACCAAAACUAGAUCUUUGUCAAGAAGAAGCGUUCAAUAUGGCCGUCACUAAACCAUUUACAGUCAUUGGUGGUCCUGCUGGCACUGGAAAAUCUAUGCUUGCAGCUCGCCUCGUUCUAACUUUUGUAGAGAAAAAUAAAAGGACCCCAAGAACAGAUCUAAAACCACAAGUUUUAGUUUGUGGACCUAAUGAAGAGUCUUUGAAUUCUGUAGCUAAUUAUUUGCUUAUAAAUGGAUCAGCAUGUCCUAAAAUUGUGAGAGUUUACUGUGAAGAUGUUGAGCAAAAGGAUUUCCCAACAUCUUACAGAAGUCAUGUGACAGGAAAUAAAGUGUUGUCUGCUGUAAUGGAAAGUAUUGCCCUCCAUCAUAAGAUCCGUGGAGCAUCCAGUCAGUUUUCUGAGAGUAUACAGGAACAGGAUAUGCUCCUGCAAUUAUAUCCCGAUGAUAUCGGACAAGAUCAGAUAGAUGAAUAUAUAGCUACGAUAAUGAAAGCUGAGGUAGCAGAACUGAGAGAGGCAGAUAUAAUAAUGUGCUCCUGUGUAACUAGUGCUCGCUCUAAACUUCGUCAAAACACUAACAUCUGUCAGGUAAUAAUCGAUGAUUGUGGAAUGUGUACAGAGCCAGAGAGUAUGACACCAAUAAUAUUGAACAGGAAUAUACAACAGGUGACAUUACUGGGUGACAGUCAGGGUCUAAAACCUACAGUCCACAAUAAAGCAGCUAGACUUCUAGGACUACAAAAAUCUCUUAUGGAACCUUAUGUUGAUAAAACUGUAGAUUUAAAAGUUCAGUUUAGAAUGCAUGAUGGUAUUGCUGAACUUUCUUCUGAGAUAUUUUAUAAUAACCAGCUACAAAGUGGUACAGCUCAACAGAAGGACAAUCCAUCCUUGUCUGUGUGGCCUAAUAAACCAGUAAUAUUCUGUCAGGUCAUAGGUCAAGAGGAAUGUAUUAAAGACUCUGAUUCUAUGUACAAAAGCUUGUGUAACAGAAAUGAUGCUAACUGCACGGUAAAUGCUGUAGCAAGUUUAAUUCGACAGCAUAAAGUACAAGAAUCUAAUGUGGUAGUCCUGUCACCUUAUCAUGCUCAAUGUCAACUCAUUACUAAAGGUCUUCUACAGCAAGGGUUAUCUGGUAUAGAGGUCACCACUGUAUUACAAGCUCAAGGUCGUCAAUGGGAUUAUGUAUUGAUUUCAUUGGUUAGAUCUUUGCCCAGUGAUAAAAUUGAGAAGAACCCAGACCCAGACUGGAUACAACGAUAUAUUGGUGAUGUGUCUGAUAGUAACCAGAUUAAUGUAAUGUUAACUAGAUCCAGAUGUGGACUCAUUAUGAUAGGAAAUACAGAACUGUUACGUGUCAGUUCUCUGUGGAAGAUAAUCAUUAAUAGAUUACAGAAUCAAGGACAGGUUAUGGAAGCAGUUGAUUUCCAAAAGUUAAUGUAAACAGUGGACAAGAUUUAAAAUCUAUAAAAGUGUAUCAAUAAUUUAACACAUUAAAUUAUGGACCAAUUAUAAGAUAUACUGUAUGUUGUUUGUGAAUAAGUUAAUUUUGCUUCAUUUGAUUGAAUAUAUAUCUUUUACAUUUUAUGUUGCUUUGAUAUUUUGCUUAAAGAUUACAUACUGUUUAAUGGAACACUUAAUUUUGACAAAUUGUUGGUUACUUCACAAAGCAAUCAAUAAGAUGUUUUUCUUAAAUAGAAAUUUGAUUUUUCUUUGUUUUGUAGUUUAGAAAAUUGUCGAUUUUUUUUAACUCUGUUUAUCUUGCCAUGUAAAUAAUUUAAUUUUUGCUUUAAUUAUAUUAUAUGUUAUAUUAUAUAGCUUGCAGUGUAUUAUUGUUUCUAUUUGCCUUUUCUGAUAAUGAGAUAUUAUAUUUUUUGCGUUUUAUGUCAUUGGAAAGAGAUAUGAAUUGAUGCCUACCAAAAUUAACUUUACCAAUCUUUUGUCUUUUGAUUUAUGUAUAUACAUGUAUAUUUUGUUUAUUAUUUUUAUGAUACUUUUGUUAUUAACAUGUAUACACUGGGACUAAUUUACCUGUUAAGACAACAGGAGUUUAUAGUAAAAUGCAGGGGACGAAAACAGCUACCUCCCAUGAAUGCUGGCUUGCUAAAACGACUGAGUAUUCAUAUUUAUAGUGCAUAAAUAACAUUUUACCAGUUUAUUGAUGCUUGCUUACAUAAAAACAUGCUUGAUUUAUAAUUUGAUAUGUUGUUUGAUUGCUAGUAUAUUUUUGAUUUAUUAUAUUUGAUUUUGAUUUCUUUUGACACCGAUCUUAUGUAUGUUUAGGCUUUUACUGUAACAAUAUUUUGUUUAAUCCUAAUUUCAGUGGUUCAAAACAUCUUUUUGAAAAGUCUGGAUUUAAAACACAUGUAAGCUUUGUUUCAAGUUAUUAUUUCCAUAAGCUUGUAAGAUCGGCUAUCACAUGCCAUCCUGUAAUAUAACAUUCACUGAAAGACCAAGCUUAUGACCAAUAUUUGAUUAUUAAAAUGUAUUCAGGCAAUAAAAGCAACUAUAUCUUGUAUGCUUUAAAUAAAAUAAUUUUCACAUUAUCAUUUCUUACGAAGUUGCUUGAAAUCAAACCUAAUAUCUGGUUGAAUAUAACAUUGUGAAAAUGUUGUGCCUUACUUCAGUUUUAUAUGUGUUUAUAUAUAUUCAGAAUAAUACUUUUUAUUUUAUGAUUUGACAUGGUUUAUAUGCUUUCUUAUAUAUAUGAGGUAACGGUAUAAUUACACAUUAAAAAACAAAAAUAUUUCUGUCUUGAAAAGAAUAUAAAUUAUUGUGUUUCUAUACAUUUUGUUUUCACUCGAUGAAAUAUGUGAAUCAUGAUUAAUUACUGUUUAAAUUUAUAACGGAAACUAAAUUCAGAUAACAUUCGAUUAAUUGUCACUUCUAAGAUAUAUAUAUAUUAAAU